GCCCGCUGCUCCGCCGCCGCCUCCGCCGCAGGGGCGCGGGAGGCGGCCGCCACUGAGGCGCCGCGCCCCCCCCCACCUCCUCCCUUCCCGCCCUCAAGUGCCUUCGUGGCGGCCCGAAGAUGCCCCGCGGCUUCCUGGUGAAGCGGAGCAGGAGGCCCACACCGGUGUCGUACCGGGUGCGCGGCUGUCGCGAGGCGGCCGCCGCCGACCCGCCGCUCCUGGCCCUGCCGCAGCCGCCGCCGCCGCGGCGGGAGUCGCCGCCGCCGCCGGUGCCCUUCGGCACGCCCGAUGCGGCGUGCCAGGCGCUGCGCAGCCCCACGCGGCCCGUCAGCCGGGAGAAGUACCUGGAGCGCGGGUUCAGCCUGGGCUCGCCCAUCUCGGCCGAGUCCUUCCCCGCGCCCGCCGUGCCCAGCACCAUGGACUCGCUGCUCUUCGCCCCCGCCGAGCUCAAGCUCUGGGCCGCCGCCGCCGGGCACGCCGAGCCGCCGCCCGCCGCCGGCCCUGCGCCGCCGCCCCUGCCGCCCGCCGUCCGCCCGCCGCCGCCCGCCAAGCGGCCGCUGGGCCCCGCGGCGGAGCCCAGCAAGCCCAAGGCGCCGGCGGGCAAGAAGGCGAAGGCCAUCCGCAAGCUCACCUUCGAGGACGAGGUCACCACAUCGCCCGUGCUGGGGCUGAAGAUCAAGGAGGGCCCGGUGGAGGCGCCGGCCAAGGCCCGCGGUGGCCCUGGCAGCGGCGGGUGCCGGCCGCUGGGCGAGUUCAUCUGCCAGCUGUGCAAGGAGGAGUACGGCGAUCCCUUCGCGCUGGCGCAGCACAAGUGCUCGCGGAUCGUGCGCGUGGAGUACCGCUGCCCCGAGUGCGACAAGGUCUUCUCCUGCCCCGCCAACCUGGCCUCGCACCGCCGCUGGCACAAGCCGCGCCCGUCGCCCGCCACCAAGGCGGCGCCUGAGCCCGCCAAGGCGGCGGCGGAGCGCGAAGCGGGCAGCGGCAGCGAGCGGGACACGCCGAGCCCCGGCGGCGCCUCGGAGGCCGGCUCCGAGGAGGGGCUCUUCGGCUGCCCGCGCUGCGCCAAGCGAUUCCGCCGCCAGGCCUACCUGCGCAAGCACCUGCUGGGCCACCCGCCGGCGGCCGGCGCGGAGGAGGAGGCGGCGGCGGCGGCGUGCCGCCUGUGCCCGGUGUGCGGCGAGGCCUUCCCCAGCCGCAGCGGGCAAGAGCGGCAUCUGCGCCUGCUGCACGCCGCCCAGGUCUUCCCCUGCAAGCACUGCCCCGCCACCUUCUACAGCUCGCCGGGCCUCACCCGCCACAUCAACAAGUGCCACCCCUCCGAGAACCGGCAGGUCGUCCUGCUCCAGGUGCCCCUGCGGCCCGCCUGCUAGGGCGCCGCCGCCGCUGCCGCCCCCCGGGGCCCCCCCGGCGGCGGCGGGGGGAGGGCGGCGGUGCCGGCGGCGCCCCCGGGCUGGAGGCGCCGCGCCAUUAGCUUUAAUAACGGCUUGCGAACUGCUGGGAUCCGGCUUCACGGCUUUACCCCCUCCCCCGUCCCCGUUUCACCCCUUCCCCCUUUAUUAUAUCGUUUUUUUAACGCGAACAAAUCAAACCGCUUGAAGAGCGACUCUCGUUUAGUCGUAGCCACAAAUGCCUUGAACUCUCGCUAUUCGAUGGUCUCCGGAGGAGAAAAGAUGAUUUUAAGGAGAGGAGAGAAAAAAAAAAUGCUGUAGAAACUGCCUUAACUGUGACAUGCCAACUUCCCCGUGUUCCGUUUCCUCCGUCCCCCCCGAGGUAGCCCCACCGGUUUGACUUUUAUCUGUAUAUGUUGGUUUGAGUAAUUAUGUUUAUUUAUUGGUUAUUUAUUUAUAUUGAUUAUGGAGAUUGAUUGAUUGAUUAUUUGGUCGCGGAUGUUUUAAUGCGCUUUUUGUCGUUUCCCCCCCCCCCGCACUCCCCCGUCCCCGCGCCCUCCUGCCAUUUCACUGUGCAUUUUAGAAGAUCUUUUUCUUUUUUCUAAAGGGAUCUGCUAAAAAAAAAAGGAAAAAAAGGUUUUAACUUUUAUACCUAGAAUAACACACAAUCUUAACCAUUUUAUCCUGCGCAACUGACAGCUCUUACUUUUAGAUGCAAUCUCUUUUUCUACACACAUUAUUUUCUUAACUGUUAGCUAUUUAUAGAGUGCUUCAAUAGAACUGUUUUGACUGUAUAAUUAUUUACUAUUCAAAAUAAAAUAUUUUCAAAUUCA